GGUCCAGUUUGACACGCACAGACUCACAUACCCUCUGCACCAACCGUCCGUAUCAGCGCAGCCGUGCUGUGUGUGCAUCAUCCCUCGAGGUCCCUGACGAGAUGCUGCUUUCUUUGACGGCGGCGCUCUCGUGGCCUCCACCGAACCUAGAGAACCCUGAGACUCUGGCGCCGGCCAACACGGUCAUCAUCAGCACCCUCCAUGUCAUCGUCACCAUCCUGCUUGUCAUACGGUUAUACUCCCGCCGGCAGCUGUCGGGUGGACUGCGCUUGGAUGAUCUGCUCAUCGUCUUGGCAUAUGUCCCCACGACGCUCUAUGCUGCUGGAGGUAUACAUCAGGAGCUAGCACUCAAGAUAGACAGGCAUAUAUGGGACUUCCCUAAAGAGAAUACCGUUGCUUCGUUCAAGAGCGCCCUCGCCAUCGGCAUACUGUUCGCCUCCGCAACAACCUUGACGAAGCUGUCUAUGCUGGCCCUCAUCUAUCGCAUAACGUCUGCGGCUGGUCAACAUGUCACUCGGUGCCUUGUCCUGCUGGUCAUCACCAUCGUCGCGGUUGAUGGCGUCAUCUUUAUAUUAGUGGAGCUCACGCAAUGCAUGCCCCUGUCCCUCUUCUGGACGCCGUCGUUCACUCCCCAAAAUUGCAUUAACCAGGCCGACCACCUUCUUGCUGCCGGCAUCAUCAACACCGUCACCGACUUUAUCAUUGUGCUGCUCCCAAUAAAGACGAUCCUCGGCCUGAACCUGCCGCGGCGCCAGCUUGUCGGCAUACAAGUGCUCCUCGGUGGUGGUGUGCUGGCCACCAUUGUCGGAGCCGUCAGGGUCUACUUCACCUGGGAAUCACACGAAGCCGCCGACGGCGACAUCACUUGGCGGUCGCACCUUGUUAUUGCUCUGAGUGCCCUGGAGCUAUACAUUGGAAUUUUCUGCGCAUCACUCCCUGCCACAAAGCCUUUCUUCGAACGUCUCGGGCCGCGACUCUUUGGUUCCUUCAGAUCCAUGUCGGUCAUCGAGCCGCUCAGCAUCAAGAGAAGCAACCCAAAGCCCGAGGACGAAGAGAGCGCCAUCGGGUCCGCCAACCUCACAGUCCGACAGAGCAGCUGGGGAAGCGCCCCCAUGGCCUCGCUCAAGUCGCCUCCCCCCGCUUACACCCAGGUCCCCAAGAGGUUCACUAAGCCGUCGACCAGGUCUUUCCUGCCAUACAUUGGAACACAGCAGCAAAGGUUUGCCUGGAAGCCUCUGAUAUCCCCACCCGUCAUCACCUCGCCCAUCACGCCGACCUUUCGCGUCAGGAACAACAACAUGCAGUCGCUGCAGUCGGCCAUGGGCAUGCCACCACCCUCAAUCGUCUCCACCAACCCACUUCCUUUGACGCAUCAGACCAGCACGACCGGGCCGUACUCGGCCAAGGCCGCCGCUGUCCCUGGCUCCACACACUCGAGCACCUCUUCCCUCAACCUCAACAAGCCUCUUCCAAAGGUGAAGAUUGCGCCAGAGCCCGAAUGGCGCAACAGCCGUGCCUCAAAAACGCAGUCGUACCCCAUCCGACAGAGCAAUCUUUCCAAAGAGCGCGUCACCUCCCUAAGGCCACCGCCACCACCACCCGCAACAAGCCGGCGGGGGCCGAACCUAAGCGUCCCAUCGUAUGCGACGCUCUCCAGGCCCGUCUUCUCGGCGCACUCGUCUAGCGUCUUUGAUUUUGUCGCACACGACGACGGCCACAUUUCUGUACACAAAACCCCACGAAUCCCCGAGGAGCGAUGACACUGGAUAGUUGAGCUUUGAGAGCUCUUGAUUUUGAAUAUCCUCCCUCAUCUCUCGCACAAAGCCACCAGUCAUGUUUCUUUUUGUUUUCCCCCAACACAGAUCAGACAUGUUUCUCCUUUGUCAUACAGGCAGAUUUGGGGCGUUCAACGGCGCUAUCUGGAGGGCGGUCGUUUCUUUUUGGUUGUCUUUUUUUUUCUUUUUUUUUUUUUCUCUCUUCCU